GGUGCGGCCCUAAAAAUGAAAAAAAAAAAAAAGAAUAUAGGAGCUUUACAAAUUGAUUCAGCACAAGUCUCAAAACAUACCCAUGAAAUAGAAUAUCUUAUCCAUUUUAUAUAUGAGAAAAUUAUUGUUCGGAAAAGUUCAGUAACUCGUUCAUGGUCAUGUGCUAAGUGGUGGGCAGAGCCACCCUGUCUGUCAGCAUCCAAAGUUUGAACCCCUUCUGCCACAUAACCUUGAAUUUUACAGAACAAAGGCUUUCAAAACCUUCUGUUUUCCUAUCUUUGGGAAGGCUCCCUUAUAGAAACAGACUUCCCAGUUUAGAUUAUAUUUACUAAAUUAAGAAAGUGCAGUUUAUCUUUUUGUCAGAUAACAAAGACCCUAAAGUUAAAACUGCAACCCAAAAACUGCAACCCAAGAGAUAUCAUUGGUAUAACUUUUGUCACUGAUUUUUCAAAUAAAUGUUAGGUCUGGGCAAUAUGGUCACAUGAGGGUCAUUCCUUAAGUAUCAGUGAGUUACUUUAUACUUACUAUAUACUUUUGCUAGACAGUUAUCUGAAUUUCUUAUUUUUUUAGUAUAUCUUCACCAAAGUCAUCUUUGAACUUGUGAUGAUAGACUCUGGAGAUAUAUGAGCAAAAGAACUAAUUUUAUUAAAAAAUAAAUAUUUCCAUGCGCAUAUGUACAAAUGCAUAAAUGAAUAAUAAAGAUUUAAGAUGGGUAAAAUACAAUUGCUGAACAUUUGAAGAGACUUCAAACUCAUGAAUAUUAAACUUUCUGGACAACUGAAACUUACAGGUUUGGAUCCUAAGAGGAAAUCCUGCCACUGGUAAAAAUGAUAAGACUUAAGGAAACAUUUGACAGUGAAGAGUUGUGACGUCUCCACUUUUUAGCUGGCAUAACCGCAUAUGUCAAUGUAAAAGGGAAAUCUGAAUGAUGAAAAAUACCUUAAUUGUCACUGUACUGUUCAUUUAAAUGUAUCUGCUACCCAUUAAAUAAGCUGGAUGCAUUAGACGUGGAAUAGCUUGCCCAAAGCUAUUUCUCCUUAACCUAAUGCUGGAAGAGGACUGAUUUUAAAAAAUAAAGUUAAAAUUGUUUAACUUCUUCUUGAUGGUACUGGUUACUGAGAUUUAUCUAUCUUUUGUUAAAUUCUGAAAGAUAUCCAUAAAGCCAUAUCAGUUCAGAUUCGGAAGCAUUUGAGUUCCAAAUUUAUAAAAAUAGAAUCCGCAAACAGCCAUGGAAAUGUCAGUCAUCUAUGAUGGACCUCUCUUGUUCAAAGCAAAUACAAUAUCAGACAAGUUUCACCUCAUUUUUUUGUUUUGCCCAUCACCACAGAAACUCUUUAUUUCUAACACAUGUAAACUGGAGGUGAUAAAUAUCUAAACUUAGCUGAAUUUCAUGUUUUUACGUAGAGUUUUUCCGGAAAAAUAAAUAUGGGAUUCUCUUUUUCUAAACAGUCUGUAAACUUUGCAGCUUUUGUGCCUUGAAUGUGAUACCCGUGAAAAUGCAAAACUGUCCGUUUCUGCAGUGGGGAAAACUUUCCCAAACGGCUCCCUCUUGACGAUUCUAUAAAAGCCUUGACAUGUCAGUGGAGUAAAAGAGUGUAUCACAGUGAGGAGCUGGGUUUCUAAUCUGUCAGCUUACACCUGGAGUAACUGUGAUCACACAUCAACAGUGGGGUAUGAGAGUCUGAUAAGCUCUCAUUGGUGAAGAACUGUUAUGACUGUCAUCAAGUAUUUGAACACUGACUGUUUCUGGCCCCUGACACUGUCCUAUACCUUCCAUAGUGUUUACAGGUGAAAUAGGAAGCAUGUUCCUGGCACUCUGUGAGCUCCAUGGUCCCUAAGAACUUGCAAGAAGUGAGCAAGUGAGAUAGGAACAUGGCACUGUUGAUCAUACUGAUUACCUGUUUUGUGAUUAUUUUUGCUACUCGCCAGCCUUGCCAGGCCCCUGACGACUUUAUGGCUGCCAGUUCUCCAGGACAUAUCAUAAUUGGAGGUUUGUUUGCCAUUCAUGAAAAAAUGCUUUCCUCAGAAGACUACCCCAGGCGACCAGAGAUCCAGAAAUGUGUCGGCUUUGAAAUAUCAAAUUUUCUUCAAACUCUUGCCAUGAUACACAGCAUUGAGAUGAUCAAUAAUUCAACACUAUUAUCUGGUGUCAAACUAGGAUAUGAAAUCUAUGACACUUGUACAGAUGUCACUGUGGCAAUGGCAGCUGCUCUGAGGUUUCUCUCUAAGUUCAACAGCUCUGGAGAAAUCGUGGAGUUUAAGUGUGACUAUUCCAGCUACACGCCAAGGGUAAAGGCGGUCAUAGGUGCUGGCUACUCAGAAAUAACCAUGGCAGUCUCCAGGAUGCUGAAUUUACAGCUUAUACCACAGGUGAGUUAUGAAUCAACUGCAGAAACCCUGAGUGACAAAAUUCGAUUUCCUUCAUUUUUACGGACUGUGCCCAGUGACUUCUACCAGACUAAAGCAAUGGCCCAACUGAUUCGGAAAUCUGGCUGGAACUGGAUUGGCAUCAUAACCACAGAUGAUGACUAUGGACGACUGGCUCUCAACACUUUUACAAUUCAGGCUGUGGCAAAUAACGUGUGCAUAGCCUUCAAAGAAGUUCUCCCGGCCUUUCUCUCAGAUAAUACCAUUGAAGUCAGGAUCAAUCAGGCACUUGAGAAAAUCAUAGCAGAAGCCCAAGUUAAUGUCAUUGUGGUGUUUCUGAGUCAAUUCCAUGUUUUCAAUCUCUUCAGUAAAGCCAUUGAAAGGAAUAUAAAUAAGAUCUGGAUUGCUAGUGAUAACUGGUCAACAGCCACCAAGAUAACUACCAUUCCUAAUGUUAAAAGGAUUGGUAAAGUUGUAGGAUUUACCUUUAGAAGAGGGAACAUGUCCUCUUUCCAUUCCUUUCUUCAAAAUCUGCAUAUGUUUCCCAGUGAUAAUAACAAGCCCUUAAAUGAAUAUGCCAUGCUCUUGGCUGCCUGUGCAGAUGCUAAGGACAGUGAUUUGAGUCAGUGCAUUUCCAACUAUUCUCAGGGGACUUUGGCCUACAAGGCUAACAAGGACAUAGAAAGGAACUUCUCCCUGAGAAAUGACUUCCUGUGGGAUUACACUGAGCCGGGAUUUGUCCACAGUAUUCAGCUUGCAGUGUUUGCCCUUGGAUAUGCCAUUCGGGAUCUGUGCCAAGCUCGAGACUGUCAGAACCCCAAUGCCUUUCAACCAUGGGAGUUACUUCAUGUACUGAAAAAUGUGACAUUCAUGGAUGGAGGGAGCUCAUUUCAUUUUGAUGCCCAUGGAGAUAUGAAUACCGGAUAUGAUGUUGUGCUCUGGAAGGAGAUUGAUGGCCACAUGACUAUCACCAAGUUGGCACAAUAUGACCUGAAGAAUGAUGUCUUCAUUGUCACAGACCAAGAAACAAGAAAUGAGUUCAGGAAUCUUAAGCAAAUUCAAUCUAAAUGCUCCAAGGAAUGCCUCCCUGGGCAAAUGAAGAAAAUCACAAAAAGUCAACACAUCUGCUGCUAUGAAUGUGCGAACUGUCCUGAAAAUCACUAUAGUAAUCAGACAGAUAUGGAUCACUGCCUUUUAUGCAACAAUGAAACUCACUGGGCCCCUGUAAGGAGCACAAUGUGCUUUGAAAAGGAAGUGGAGUACCUCAACUGGAAUGACUCCUUGGCUAUCCUGCUCCUGGCGCUCUCUCUACUAGGAAUAGUGUUUGUUCUGGCCAUCGGCAUAAUAUUUACAAGAAACCUGAACACACCCGUUGUGAAAUCCUCCGGGGGAUUAACAGUCUGCUAUGUAAUCCUCUUCUGUCAUUUCCUCAACUUUGCCAGCACAGGUUUUUUCAUUGGAGAACCACAAAACUUCACGUGUAAAACCAGGCAGAUGCUCUUUGGUGUCAGCUUUACUCUCUGCAUCUCUUGCAUUUUGAUGAAGUCCCUGAAAAUUUUGCUGGCCUUCAGCUUUGAUCCCAAGUUGCAGAAGUUCCUCAAGUGCCUCUAUAAACCCAUCCCCAUCGUCUUCACUUGCACAGGGAUCCAGGUUGUCAUCUGCACACUCUGGCUAAUCUUCGCAGCACCUGCUGUGGAAGAGAAUGUCUCCUUGCCCAGAGUCAUUAUCCUAGAAUGUGAGGAGGGAUCUAUCCUUGCAUUUGGCACCAUGCUGGGCUAUAUUGCCAUCCUGGCCUUCAUUUGCUUCAUAUUUGCCUUCAAAGGCAGGAAAUUACCUGAGAAUUACAAUGAAGCCAAGUUCAUAACAUUUGGCAUGCUCAUUUACUUCAUAGCUUGGAUCACAUUCAUCCCCAUCUACACUACCACCUUUGGCAAAUACUUGCCAGCUGUGGAGAUCAUUGUUAUUUUGAUAUCUAACUAUGGGAUCCUAUGUUGCACAUUCUUCCCCAAAUGCUAUGUUAUUCUUUGUAAGCAAGACACUAACACCAAAUCUGCCUUUCUCAAGAUGAUUUACAGUUACUCUUCCCACUGUGCAAGCAGUCUUGCCGUGAGUCAUGUUUCACUGGACACCACCAACAGCAAUGUCACAACAACCAGUCGCAGCUCUGCUGGCAAGUCUGCAGCCUGGCAGAAAAGGGAAGAUUUUCAGGCACAAGCAUUUGCAUGCGUAUGCAGAGAAAAUGCUACAUAUGUAUCUAAUGCUUUGCCUCGAAAAAGAACUUCAAGUAUCUGAAUGAGUCUUUAAGAGAAGGUACACUCCAACAUAAAAUGUUUCUAGGGUCUUUGCCUUAGGGAUGUGCCUUUACUUUCCAAGUCAAUAUAUCCCAUACAUUUCUUCACUACUGCUAUCUUCACCAAAUUUUGCUUGAACACUCCCUCUGUUCAACCAUCUGUUUAACAAAGAAAAUAGAGCCCUCAACCUGAGACUCCUUUCCUUCCUCACCACCUCCAUCUGCCCCAGUCUUUACCUCCUUCCUCUUGGGCCCAUAGUUAAAGGUACCUCUUCUAUUCAAAAUUAGCCCAUAAUGCAUCAUCCUUAUUCCAUCCUCUUCUCAAACCCCUUUCUGUGGGUUCUCCUCUGCUCCUGGGCAUCUUUACUUUCCCACCUCAUCCGCUCAAUUCAGCUAAACAAGCACUUGAGCAGUUACCAUGUGCCAGGUGAUAUGCUAAAUAUAAAGGUAUUCAAAUGGCUGUAAGCCUCCAAGCUCAGGGAACAACAGGUCAGGGCUGGUGAUAAGGAUUUUCCUGCCCCUUCACAUCAAUCCCAUCCUUACAAAAUGGAUAAACAUAAAAAAUAACAUUGUCUCCAAUGAUCCUGACAUUCUCUUUAGCUACUGCUCUCUCCCUCCUUUUCAUAACUGCAUGCUUGAAACAACAGUGCCAUGAUGGACUUGUGACCCAAUAGUUCUGAGACCACUGAAAUCUGGCUUCUAAUUGUACCACUUUGCAAAACCAGUUCACAGAAAAAUUCCCUGAGGCUUUUUGUCUGUCAAAUCCAAUGCUCAUUUUAAAGCAUUCACCCUCUUUUAAUGGUAUUUUUAUGGUAUAAUUCUUCCUCCUUGAAAUUCUCCUUCUUCAUUCCCUCUGUGAUUUUUAAAGCUUUCAGUUAUUUCUCAACCUGAUGUAAAGACUCUUUUAGUUCUACUCUGACAUCCCUGACCAUUGGGUUUUGGUCUCCAUUGCUGGCAAGUCUUCCUCUACUUGCCUCUUAAAUGUGGGUAUUCCCCAGAGUUCCUUCCUCAAUCUAAAUCUUCUUUCCCUCAACACAAUGAGAGCCUUGCUACAAUAUCAUCAUCCUCAUGUCUUAACUUUGAUCCAGACAACUCCCGAAACCACAUCUCUGGUCCAGUUCAUUCUCUAAUCAGCCCACCUCUUUGUCCCUCUAACACUUCGAAGUCAGUAUGCCUAAAAUUUAAUCCAUAAUUUCCUUCUCCCAACUCCUCCCCUCCUGUUUUCCACUUCUCAGAAUGCUGCACUACCACUAGGCUAGUCAGAACCCUGAGAUUCAUCCUUUUCACCCUUAACUCCACAAUCUGCUUCACCCAUCUCUACUUUCUUUUAUUUUCUAAUUCCUGCAUUUUAGCAAACCCUUGCCAAGAUCUCUACCCCUGUCAUAACUUCCUUAAUCUAGGCUGUCAUCACUUCUUUCAUAGAUUAUUGCAAUAGCCUUCACAUUUGACUCUGGUCUCUCAAUGCUUUAUUCUAAACAUUUAGAAUAAAUGUUGCCACUCAUUUCCAGGAGAUAUGUUUCUACAGUAAAAACCUCUUCAUGUUACUCAGUUGUCAAAUAAGUCAAUACUCCUCCUACAAUAAGUCAAAACUCCUUAUCCCAAUGCUCAGCCUCUUCAAGUCUGGCACCAACAUCUACCACUUCCUGCCUGGGAAAUGGCCAGCUACUGGACAAUUUUUUUGUAAUUUAUUUAAUUUUACAGUUGCAUUAUUUAAUUAUAAUUAUCAUAAAUUCUUUGAUAGAAA